CAGAACGAUGGCGAGCACGUCUGCAACCGCGACAGCUCCGCGCGCUACGAAGAAACGCCGCAAUCGACGCUACUGUUGCGUUGUAAAUUGCCAUGAACGUGAAGGACUGGAUAACAACGUUCAGUUUUACCGAUUUCCAUCGCGGUCGUAUGAAGGAGAGAGGCGAGAGCGCUGGAUACGGGCCGUUCAACGUGUUGGCCCCGACGGAGGACUAUGGCAACCAAGCGAAAACUCAAGAAUCUGUAGCCGCCACUUCGUUGGCAACAGAAAAAGCAACGUUGCGAACCAUCCUGCGUAUGUGCCAUCGAUAUUUCCAUCUGUGUACAGACGUCCGCCUCCGCUUGACUCAGCAAGUGGAACGGAGAGAUUUGGCAGAUGGCAGAAAAGACACCAGGCAGAUGCUGCAGCUACAACUGGGCAAAGUACAGAUAUCUCAACUUCUGCCGAGUGCACAAGCGGCACUGUACCAAGCUCUUGUGCAGCCCAAGAGCAUGCUGAAGCUGAAAUGCUAAAUAUUCACAGCAUCGAAACAGAAGUUCCCCUUGUCAUUGAAGGAGGUAUUGCUGAUUCUGUGCUUUCCCCUCAAAGACUUGAGGUUGUUCCUGCAGAAUGUGCAAGUGAAACUGCCGUCAAUCAGCAGCAUAUUGUACGGACUGUUGCAGUUGGCCCCAGCACCAGAACAUGCUUUUUUGCUGGCUUCCACAGCAUCAUGGGCAGCCCAGAUGCACUAAGAAGUCUUUGUGGUGUUGACAGCAAUGUGUUUGCAUUGUUACUCAGUUUGUUACCAUCUGUUAGGGAGAGGAGUAGCGAUGUUACAGUAGAAAACAAGUUGCUCAUGUUUUUAAUGAAAAUGAAGCUGGGAAUAUCAUUCUCUGCAGUUGCUAUUCUUUUUGGAGUGCACGAGAAAACUGCAUCCCGUACCUUCUACGCUGUGCUGCACACACUGGCUGAAAUAACAAAGGACUGGAUCUAUAAGCCCCCAAUAACUGACAUCAUGUUGUCGCAGCCAUCUUGUUUUAAAAUAAAUUAUCCGCAGUGUACACUCAUCAUUGAUUGCACAGAAAUGAAAACUGAGACCCCAUCCGAAGUUCCUACUUGGAAAUUGGCCACAGUGGCAGUGAGAGUGACGCCGGCAUUUUUUCUCGAUACCACUCUACAAAAUGAGAUCACCAGUGGGACCUUGGGGCUGCCACCGCCGAGGACUGUUGGGAGUGAGGGGCUUCUCCCGUACUUCCUUGUUGGCGAUGAGGCCUUCCCGCUCAAGGAUUGCAUGAUGCGGCCAACCCACGACGGAGUUCUGCUGACAGCGAAGACUGGGAAGGGCGACUUUCCCCUGGCAGCUGGAGGGAUGAGGAACCAGCCGGAGGUGCCCUCUUGCCAACUAAGUCCAGUGGGCGCCACGCUGCUCGGUAUGCGAAAGAAGUGCGGGACAAGUUGGCACACCACUUCAUCACAGCCGGCCAAGUUCCCUGGCAAGAUAAAGUGGUCACCAGUAUUUGAACUGCACAAGCAUUUGUGA